AUGCUUCUCGCGAAGAAUCCGCUUCGCAACUUUUGUCUGACCAUUCGCCCAGCAGAAUCUACCUCAUUGAGCGUUUUAACGACGCCCAAGGAGGCUCUCACUGACCAACAGUCACCGUCGGUUCCAUCGGCGAAGACGGCGCCAAGCACAUCGGAUAUUUCUUACGCUCGCUUGACGCCUCGAGGAGAGCGAAGCGACGGAGUACACAAGACGCCGCUUUCUCGAAGGGAGAGCCUGCGAGAGGGCACCCUCAUGUCCUUACACGAAGAGCGCCGGCCUAUCAUCGUCGGCUGCUCGAUGGUCGUCGUGGCUGGAUUUCUCGUCGUCGUUGUCGUCGUCCUCGUGCUCACGUCGCCGGAAAAGAGAGGCCCGGUCACCUGCGAAUCCAGCGCCUGCGUCGAACUCAACGGUCUGCUCAAAGCCAGCAUUGACGCGAGCGUGCCUCCGUGCGUGAACUUUUACAAGCACGUCUGCGGUUCGUCGUUCGCGAACGGCCAUUCAUCAGUGUACCGUCAGCUCGCGCAAACAUUUGGCCGUGCCCUCGUUUCCUUCAGCAACGACGACGUCACAGCAUCCGCUUUCGGCCAGACUCCCGUCCAGAAGGUAGCUCUGUUUCUCCGCACUUGCCUGCUGACCGUCGCUUACGACAAACAGAGUGAGGUGGCAGAGUUCAGGCGUAAGCUAAAACAGAUUGGCGUGGUGUGGCCCAGCUUUUCACAAGCGCCCAAUGUUAUAGGCACGGCGGCCAAGGUGUACGCGACGUUCCAAGUAGUUCCUCUGCUUAAGAUCAAGAGAAGCCGCGUCCGUGACGAAGGCGGUCCGUACGUGAUCGUUGAGCCUGACACCGCGAUACCCGCUUGGAAAGAAAAGAGAGAUGGGAUGCGGAUCUCCGGAAUUUACGAAUUGUUUUACGCAGACACCAUCGCUAUGUACACAGGACAGAAGAGCGUGCCGAGUAGCUCGGAGUUCAAGAAGUUUGAGGGCCUAGAGAGCGCAGUGCUGGAGAAGCUUGCCCGCUCACAAAAUGGCCGCCCAGACUACGUGUACCGCACUGUGCACGAGCUCGAGCUUUUGACGCCCAAUGUGAAACCCGAAGUGUGGCAGACCGUGGUCACCGGUGACCUCGGACUUUCAACGACGGCAGAGGUCAGAAUUCGCGAUCCAGAGUACCUGAAGCGCUUCAACGACGUUUUAGGAGAAGUGGAAGAGCGAGACCUGCACUUCUACCUCGACUGGUACGUACUGCAAGCCAUGGGUCGGUUCAUGAGCGCGUCUCUGUCGAAGCUGUGGUACGCCGAGUCUUGGGCCACGCGGGACACACCGGUGAGCGGAGAGCCAUCUUCCAGUACGCCCAGUGUGUCCGACUGUCUGCAACUGACGGAGUCCUUUCUCGGCUGGUCGCUGUUCCAGCACUUUGCGACGGUAAAAGUAGAUGCGACCGUUGUGCACAAGGUGAACGCUAUGGCAGGACACGAUCAACACAGAACUCGCCAAGAGACUAGAAGACGCACCCUGGGUCGCCCAUAA